AUAUGGCGAAGGUGUCUCUUCUCUCUACAAACAAGGCUUUCAAUGCUGUUCUGUGUUAAGUUCCACAACAUGCGGAAAAUAUUCUUUGAGUACAGUUAUAACAGCAUCUUCAAACUAAAUCGUUACAGUCGCUAGCAUUUAUUUAUGUUCUGUUCUGUUCAAUGUUUUACACCAGAGCUAAGUUUAUUGUUUCGCCGUGACCUUUGAACGUACAGAAAUCUGUACACUCGCUCCUGAUUGGUUAAUAUCAGCACACCAGAACGAGAAUGGGGCGCACUAGACCAGACAGACUCUCUAUUAUUUUAUAUAGUGAGUCUGGUACCCAGGGUAGGGUUACGCAUAAUGUAUUCUGAAAUAUCACUAGUCUAAUAAUCUACAAUAGAAUCAAUAAAAAAUGAAGAACUAAAAGCUGAGAACUGAAAUCACUCGAUUUUCGUACCCUUUCGUUAAAGGUAUGAUGUUCAAAACAAGAGCAAACCUUAAAACGAGGCGAAUAUGCAGUUGAUUUUGUAUUUCUAUAGUGAUGUACUCUAGUGUCUCUAAUAGAAGGGGGGAGGUAAUAGAAGGGAGGUUGUUCAUUCCAGUCAAUGUUCAAUAGAAGGGGAGUGCGAAUAGAAAGGGGUGUUCCAUGUUCAAUAAAAGGGGGUGCUAAUAGAAGGGGGUGUUCAUGUCGGCCAGUUUUCAAUAGAAGGGGAUUGCUAAUAGAAGGGGGUGUUCAGGUUGGCCAAUGUUCAAAAGAAGGGGAGUGCGAAUAGAAAGGGGGUGUUCAUGUCGACCAGUUUUCAAUAGAAGGGGGUUGCUAAUAGGAGGGGCUGUUCAGGUUGGCCAAUUUUCAAAAAAUGUCAGCAAUGUUCAAUUGCAAAGGGGAGCUAAUAGAAGGAGUGGAUGUUGGUAAAUCUUUUAAUUAAAAGGCAGUGCAAUUAGUAGGAUGGUUAGAGAUAAAGAUAGAAAAACAUAACAUGGGGAAUUAUGACAAUUAAAAAAAUAACUACAUAACAUAACAAGGGGAAUUAUUAACAAGUGAAGAUUGCGUGUUCUGGUCAUGACAGAUUUGUAAAAUUUAUUGGAAGGGGGUGCUAAUAAGCGACGGGGGGAGGGCAAAUUCUUCUGAAAUUAAUACAAGGAGGGCCCGUCUUUUAGAGACACUAUAGUAGUAAGGUUUCCAGCCCCUAUGACAACGAAAUUCUUCUUUUUUUCUCUCAGUUCUAGCUCAUGGUUUCUUUUUAUUCUAGCCCUCGGCUCUCCCCUUACACCGCAACGAACCUUCCCUUCAUUAUGGAACGCAUGUGCAUAUGAAAAUCACACCCCAAGAGAAGACACCCGAAAGGCUUAGAGCAGGAACUUACUUGCCCGUAAUAACGCAAGAUUAAAAUUAAGAAAAUUAUGGAAAUAGGUUUCUAGAAAGGUCAGAUCUAACGUUUUUAAAGAAGGACACGUAUAAACCUUGCUAAGACGACACUGAAACAAGGUCAACUGUUCUUUUAAAGUAUUUAUUUUUACCAGCAGCUAGGGCUCACAAAUAUGUCUAUCUUCUAUUCCAAUAAGUACUGCCGCCCCCCCUCCUUUACCGUGACAAUUAAAUAGGAUCCAAUUUUAUAUUUUUUUGUUAAUUGCAGAUACAAAAACAGAUAGCUGAAAAUAAUUAUGAAAACGCUGUCUGGAAAGUCGCAAUAUAUCGUGGAUGUUGGAGACUGUGAAACAAGUCCGCUCUUAGGGCGCAAGAAAGCCGAGAGGCCCGAAACUGAAACCGAGGCCGACAGACCAUCGCCUAAACUGUGCCGUUCCAUUUUAACCUUUCUGAAUCUGGGCAUGCAAACGACUGCUAUAAAUGCCACUUUUGCUGGUUUAAUUGCAGUCCUUAUUUGGUGGCUCGACUUGAAUUUAAGCUCAUACUGCUUUGGUAAAUCAUGGGAUGAUAUUCCAGUGGCAUUUCAGCGAAUGCGUUUAACCACUGAGGUUGUUGAAUCGUUUUUCAUCCAGUUCUGGUCGUUAUCUUGCCUGGCCCCGCAGAUAUCAUGGUCAGCCACCAAAAAGAUGGCCAUACCAUACUGGAAUGUAAUCGCAGCAAGUGUCGAUGUCAUUUUCAGGCUUUUCUUUUUCGCAUAUGGCUUUUAUGGUCAAGGAUGGCAAACGAUAGUUGGCAACAUAGUGUUUUUUGGUAUUAUGUUUCUAAAUCAUUCUAAAGUUGCAAUGCAAUACUUGAGGAAUCCAAAAAGCAAGCUGGAUGUAUUUCUGAUGUCUUCAAAACUCAGUACACAGUUUAUUACAGGAAUGGUACUGUCACUGCUGUUUAAUCAUAUUUUCCUUACAAUGUAUCACAAAACGAGCGAAUCAAUUAAGACAUUUAUGUGCUCUCUUUUGCCAGUCAUCUUCGCCAUCUCCAAAUUCAUUACAAACAUAAUAAUUGGUAACUUGGCCAAAUAUAAAUGCUUUGAAAAAGGAACGAUGCUAGUUAUUGGCCUUCAGGUUUCAACAACAUUAGUUGCCCGAAUGGUACAAGCAAGUAACGAAAGCUUCGUUGGGUUUGUAGCCAUCAGUAUUGUCCAUGGUAUUCUCAACGUAUUUGAUAAACUUGCCUUGCCUAUUCGCAACAAGAUUACAAAAUUCGUCCUCAAACGAGAAACUACAAGUUCUCCAGUGUUUCUCGCAGAUCAGACCCUGAUAGGCAUGGUGACUGAAACAGCUGCCGUAAUACUGAGUUGCUCAUCUGUAUACAUAACAAUGUAUUAUUACAUGCGAGAUGAAACCAGCGGUCAAAGGUACAAUGGGUACGAGCUAUUCUACCAGGCGUUGAAGAGAAUAGGUGUGGCAGCUUCGAUUGACUUUUUUUUCAAUACUAUUGCCGUUAAGAUUCAAGCCGAUCUGUAUCAUAUACCCAUAAUGCAAGAGUGGAAGCUGCACUGGAAAUUCAUUGUUAUCACUCAUAUGGUACAAAUCAUAAUUUCAAUGAUUUAUUUUUCGGAAUAUCUUGACCAGGUUACGAUGCCCGUUCGUUUUAAAGCACUUAACAAUUCUUGCAUUACACCAUUUUCAAGGUUGUAGAUGCUGAAGUGAUUGAAAUAAUGACUUUGUGAUACUCGCAAAAGUGGUACAGUUGGACAGAAGAUAAACAGAUAGAACCAAGAUUUUUCACUAAUAAACAUUAUUUAUCUUGUUUGCCGUCUAUGCCCUUGUCACAACCCUAAAAAGAUAUUGGGUAAGCGAAAAGGCUCUCAGACCCACGCAAAUGGAAAGAAAAGUCGAUUCUCCACAUCUCUUCCUAGAGACUACAAUUUGGAAAAAACUUGUGUUAAAACUAGAAUUCCAAAUUAUGUUGUGGCUGAUAUCCAUAAAAGAUAAUCACUAUUCGAUCGACAAUCACUCUACCUCUCUGUGGUCUGAUGGCCCUGUUUGCGAGACAUCCCAACUCCCGAUGAUCUUCAGUGUGGCAUAUCCUUCUUAUCCACCUUUCCAUCAAGGAUUCUAUUUAUUAAUAUUUUGUACCUAGGGCUAGCCCAGUCGAAACAGCCCAUUUAAACCUCCUUGUUAAAAUUCAAGAAAUUUCGGCGAUCACAGCUUCCUUAACAAGGGAGCACAUGUUUGCUUGGACGAAUUCUGUGCUGGGAAACCUUUUAUUGAGGUAUCAAUUUUCCGUGUAUUGGCAAUUUCCUAUCAUUAUUUUGGAGUCUGUGAACAAUUUCAAUGAUUUCAUAUACAUAAUGAAGAAUCUUCAAAAAAAGUUAUGGGUCUCUGUUUGACCUCUCUAUGUCUCUGAUCUAAUGAUAAUGAUCUUUGAGAAUCUGUUAUUUUCAAAAGACUAGUAUAAAAUUUUUUUGUGACCAAUUAUUUGAGUUCUUGACGAAAAUAAGUUAUUAAAUGCUUUCUAUAAUAAGUAUUGAAAAUAAGUAUUGUUGACCACAAUGCUUCCACCUGGAAGAAAUUACUUUACCAAAAGGAAAUUAGGGCAUUUGCAAAAAGACUUUUGGUUUCCGCUUUUAAAGUUUAAGAAUUAACACUGUCAGUUGCGGUUCUAGGGACUACGGGACCCGGUGCUUGUUCUUAACAAUUUCCAUCUUUUUUCUUAGGUGUGGGGUCUCUUUUGGCUGACAUAAGUGCGGACCUGGAGCAAUGGCCCCCCUAUAACCCCCUUAAAACCGCCACUGAACACUGUUGCCCUCAAGUCUACUGUCAGGUAAAGGGUUUAGAGUCAACUGUCAGAUAAAGUUGUAAAAUUAUGUUGUCACUUUGUUGGCAAAUGAGGCCUGAACACCUCCCUAGAGCGAAAUAGCUAGCAAUUACACUGCUUACACCUUUUUGAGCCCCUACCCCCUUUCUAUUUAAGGCGACCCCCUUCCUAGCGAUAGUCACAGGAGUGCGAGUGAAUUUUUAUACCAACAUUUUUUAGCAGAGCAAGCUGCUUUUUAUCACGUGACCCCUAUGUGGCGAGUCCAUUCAAUUUGAGAUAGAGGUUAGACGCUUUUUGUCUUGUCUUGUCUUAACCAAGGCUAAUUUUCCUAUUGAUGGAUUCAAGUUGACGUCAUCAAUUUUGUAUCUCGCUAUCUAUGGAUCUUUUUCGAAAAUGGACUUCAGAAUUGAAAUCUUCAUCUUUAAAUUAGUUUAUACUGAAAAAUUCAUGUUGUUUGGACCGUUCGGUCGCAUUUUACUUUAUUUCGAAUAUUGAGAUGUUUUCUUUAGAGUUGACCCAAACUUGCUGCUGCAGUGAAAAAAAUUCACUACCGCAACAAAUUCCAUUGAAAUGCAUAGGAAAAGCUAAAUUUUGAAAAUGAGGUAAUUCACAGCCUGACGGCCCAAACAAUUUGAAAUUUUUGGCACAGAUUAAUUUCAACUUUUUAUGGAUGAAAUAUUUUCCAUAAAUGAAUGCCCAUAUUACUUAAGAAACUCCCAAUUCAAAACAGCGGAGCCACAUUACAAAAUAUAUGGAUUUAAUACCGUAUCAUACAGAUGUAGCCAAAUAUGGAACUCAGUUCCAAAUGAGAUAAAGUACUCCCCUACUUUAUCAAUAUUCAAGAAAAAAAUCUCAGAAUUUACAUCGUUUAAUUGUACUUGUAAUCUUUGCAAGGAAUAUGUUAGCAACAUCGGUUAUAUUAACUUUAAAUACCAACUAAUGUACCAACUUUAAAUAAAGAAAAAAAGAAAAAAACAUGAAGGUUCCAAUUCUGUUAUCCAUUUUUGCUCAAAUUGCUCGAAUCCGAGAAUAAUUCAUUGGGGGCUUUGAUAGAAUUCUUGUUUUUACCAAGGCUAAUUUUCCUAUCAUUCAUUAGGGGGUUUUAACUGAAUUGUGGUCAUUGCUGAGGGAAAUUUACCCUCACGGCUGUAAGGGCUGCAGCGUGCCCGCGUAGCGGGCGUAACUGGGACUAUCUUUAUCUAGAAUAUAUCAAUGUAAUCUUUCAACAGGAAUUGCGAUCUCCUUAAAUAAAUAAAAUCCUUAAAUAACAUUAUUACGUCACCAAAACAUAACGGGUUUUCACAAUGCGGUGUUUAAGUGGUUUCGUCACAGAAAGAGAUUAUACGGUGGCAGGGCAUUUGCCGAGCAAAUACUUUCGUGGUUAGAGCAAAAGUCAUUGUUUAUAGCAGUACAAUCACAGGAGGCACAUAUGAUCUUCUGGAUUUGUUUUUAAAUACAAAAAUGUUUAGUAACUUCAGGUGAAAAUUAACCAUAUCUUAAAACAUAUUCUCAUAUCAAAUCCGCUUUAUUUCCAUAUGCACAACAGUCAACAAGAGAGCAACUCAAAGGCACACGUAGAAAAAAGCCAGUACUGAAGGAAUUCAAGUGGCGAAGUGGACCUACUUCCUGGUAGAUGCAGAAGAAGUGGAAGGGAUACAGUUAGGACUCAUUAAAACAGGCACCGCGCAGCCAUUGGGCUACAGGGGCUAUAACCCCCUUUUUUGCAGUCAUUGGUGAGCAAUUUUUUAGAAUAUUUACUCUAACGCAACUUCGGAAAGUUUACUCUAACGGGUCCUGUGUAGUAACAUUUCUUCUUGACUGGAAACCCUUUAUUCAUUUUCUUGGUGCUUCAUCUUGUUAAAUGAUAUGCUGCAUUUUCUAAUGAGGCCUAGUGUUUAAUCUAUUUUGAUAGUAAUUGAUAUCUUCUCUGAAUCGGGUUGUUUAUAAGUAAUAAGUAGAAAGAAGAAAGUAUUUUCAUAAAGGGGCAUUUUCCUGUGUUCUGUUAUUAUUAUUAAUUAUUAUUAAUACUUUGAUUUAAAGUUGGCUGUUCGAAAAAGCUAAAAAAAAAGCCAACCAUUUACAAAAGGUGUAUACAAAGGAAAUACAUAAUAAUUACAAAAAACCUAAACCAUAUAUAAAAGUUUUGCAAAUCCUACAGUUGCAAUUUUUGCAUUUUGUUUUCUUAAGAUGUUUUUUAAAAACAGUCAAAGAGACUGUUUGCCCAUAUUCUUUGACCAAUGAACCUUGCGGUAUCUGUACCAUAGCAUGUGGUUCUCACUUUUGGUAGGUUUAAAUUGCUCGAGCUUCUUAGUUGAUACGGCAUUGCCUUUUCCUCAAACAUUUCCAUCAUAAACGAGGGAUUCAAGUGAUUCCUUGUUUUGUAAAAUUUCAACCAUGAGCAACUGUAGGUUCUUCUGAUGUAUAGAUACCGAAAUAUCAUUUUCUAACAAUUUCUCGUAAGGAGAAAUGUUAUCUUUGUAUCCGAUUCGAAGGGCCCUUUUUGUAUCCUGUUUAUCUUGUUAUUAAUAUUUUUGUCAUGGAACAUCCAAAUUAAUGGGCAGUAACUGAAUUGUGACAUUAUAAAAGUGUUCAUCAUCAGUUUUAUUUUUUUGGAUUCCAUGAAAAUCGAAAUGCGAGCAUGCAGUUUUUGGCUGGCCUUUUUACAAAGAGUCUGCACAUGAGAUUUGAAGUUAAGUUUUGUAUCUAGUGUAACUCCCAGUAAUGUUUUUUCGUCACUUUCUUCUAUUACCGCCUUUCCUACAUUUAAUAUCAUCUUUUCUUUCUUCUCGCCAAAAAUCAUAAAAUGACAUUUGUCCGCAUUUAAUUCCAUAUAGUUUUCAGGAUACCAGGUUGAUAGUUGGUUGGCAUCUUGUUCUAGUCCAUCAAUGACAUUUUUGGCCUCAGAGUCGCAUAUGUAGAUAGUGGUAUCGUCUGCAUAGUUGCAUAUUUCGGAUCUAUUCAUCAAAAGAAAAAGGUUAUUCAUAUAAACGUUGAAUAAGAGAGGCCCUAACAUUGAUUUUUGUGGGACUCCGUUUUGAACUACUUUCCAAGUGCUAAAUGACCCAUUAAUUCAAACUCGUUGUCUCCUUUGUGACAAAUAGCUGUGAAUCAUGAGUAGGGCACCUCUACCAAAACCAUAGGCAUGCAAUUUUGCUUUCAACAAUUAUUGUCUAUUCAGUCGAAGGUAUUGGAUAGAUCCAUCGAUAAAGCACCUGCAAUGCCUCCCUUGUCUAGGGUCAUUUUACAAGUUUCAACAAUCUUAGUAAAGCGUGCUGUGUGUUGUUGCCUUUCCUGAAGCCACAAAGCAAAGACGACAAAAAAUUCCAGCGAAGGGCAUUGCCUGGUCGUAAAAUAGUCGUUCAAAGAUUUUUGAACUCGCUGGCAAGACAGUAAUUGGCCUGUAAUUCUUUUUAAAGAAAGCAUCAUCCUUUUUGAAAAGUGAAGAAACAUCUCCAUCUUUUAGCUUGUUAGGAAAAUAGUUUUCUGAUAGGCACAAAUUUAAAGUAUCUGUCAGGUAAGGUAGAAAGAUAUCUGAGUUUUCUUUCAGGACUUUACCUGGGAUACUCUCUAAAGGAGUUGCUUUCUUUGGAUCUAAUCUUUCUAAUUGAUUGUUUACAUCCACUACUGAAACGGGUGUAAAUUCAAAAAUCUGAGAAUGAUGAAAGUUCUCUUGUAUUCUUUUAAUACUUGGAUGCAAACUAUUUUCUCACUGCGAUAUCAACUGGAUCAUCACUACCAUCCGUUAAUAAUAAGUUCAAAUCAGCGUCUGCAAUGUCAAGAGAGCCUGCAAUGUUUACAAAAUAAUCAUUAAAGAUAUCAGCAACAGCCCUACCAUCAGAAACAACUUUGUCAUUUUCCAGCAGAGUCACGCUAGAAGAAGUAUGGACAUUACCAGAAAAGACAGGCUUCACAAUUCUCCAAAACCUUCGACUGUCACCGAGAUUUUUGAGAUCAAGAUUUUGGUAAUAGUUGCGUUUAGUUUCGCGUAGAAGUUUAACGCAUCUGUUCCUUUGUUUCUUGAAGGCCCUCUCAGUUUCUUUGGUCCUUUCCUUGUUGUACUCAUUUCGUCCGAGUUAAACUGCAUUGCUUUUAGACGCUUGCAUUGAAAUUCGAUUGAUAGAUACAUAUUCAAUAUCUGUUUAAGUCAGCAUUUUUGUAAUCACGAGACCUUUAAAAUUUCCAGGGUUUAACUAGUCAUAGCUUGAUCGUUAUUCGAUAUAUGACGAUCCAACUUGCAUGAAAUGCAAUAUCUCAAAGACCUCUUUCAAUUGAUAUAAACAUAUUCAGUAUUUCCUAAUGUCAGCAUUUUGUUAUCAGGUGAAUUUGAAAAAAUUCUUCUUGAGACACUGCUUUCUUGAAACAUUCAUGAAUGUUAAAAAGUGCUCUCAAAAUUUUAAAAACGUGCCUUUUACCACCGAAAUAAUAGAGAUUGUGCCUUGGAUUUUCAAGAAAUAUGAAACAAGUGAUAUUUACUCACAUUCUGUCUUACCCUGCAAGGACCUCCCUUCCCUUUGCCCGUCUCUGUAUGCAGUGGACUUUGCUGAGAAAUAAUGCCGGGCGCACAUGUAUGUUUAUUGAAGUCAAAAGGGAACAUCCUCAUAGAACCUGAUAAUCAAAGAAUGGCUGAAGGGGCAUUUAACAUUUCGACAUUGGCGAAUUUCGUUGUCUAGAGACCAAAUUGCCUGAGUUUUCCAGGGUCUAGGGGGCCCAAAAAAGUAAUGAAUGGAAUCAAUCAAAAGUUAACGAAAGUAUGUCUAAAGAAUAUUGAAAAGUUUCAACCGAUUGCAAGGAAAUGACUGCAAGAAAUAUUCUGAAAUCUAUUUGAGCUUAUCUAAAGGGCAUGGUCACAGAAAUUUUCUGCUCGCUUUGCCUGCAGGAGACCUCUUCUUUCAGUUUUCCCACAGGGCUACCGAAUCUCGCGUGGUCUUGUUCAGGAGAUGGUCCUAAUUGCCUCAAAGCAGGCUGAUGGAACCCUUUAGGGAUUAUCCGAAAGUUGACGAUUCUAGAAAGAAAUAAUUUUGCUGGGCACUUAAAUUCGACGCGGAGUGUACAGAUGCUACUUCCAGAUGCACACCAAUAUUUAUCUAUCAGCCUCUACGUGUGAAUCUCCAGCAGAAAAAUUAUUUUCGGUCCAAAGUAGAUUGAAUUCUUGUCUUAGGAGAACAAUGACUGAGAAGAGAUGUAACAAUUUACUUAUUCUUAAUAUACAAAUCACAGAACAGAUAAAUUAGAUAUAGCUGAGAUAGCAAAAGAAGACAAAACGUAAGAAGACAAUAUUUUUUUGUAAAUAUUAGAAAUAAUUUUAACGCUCUUAAUAUUCUAUAAGGCAUUAGUUCUAUAUUUUAUUUUCACUUUUCUAAGAAAAUUUUAUUCAUGUUUGGGCGCGGUUCUUAGAACAAAGAGUUUGAUUAAAGUGCCCUUAAGUUCCUGUGCCCCCACCUUCCAGAUGCUUCCUACGCCACGGAAGAUUAUAUGGAGCAUGAAGAAAGUGCAGACUGCAGAGGAAAAUGAAAUUGAAGCAGAAAGCGACAGUGAAUGGGAAAGUGACUUCACAUCUAAUGAAGAUUAAUUUUUUAACUCGAGGCAGAGGUUGCAAUGCAAGUUAUACAGCAGAGGUGCUUACUCAGAACAACAUGUCAUAAACAUCAAGAAGUCAAUCGUUGAGGCUACGGUGCAAAUUGCUCAACCUACCAACUCUAACAGGAAGAGGUAACUAUAGUAGUUACACAACAACCCAAAAUAUACAUGAUAUUAGGGAGGGAAUGGACAACAAAAGUAUUUUUGCGCACUAUAAGCCGAUGCACCAGUCCUACCUAAAAGCAUUAAAACGUUAAUAGCAGAAAAUAUGUCCAAAGAUAUGAGAAAUUUUCAUGAUGCUGGAGAAAGAGACUAAAAAACAAUCAGGUUUAUACCGAAAAAAGCAAAUUUUUGCAAAAGGAAAAAUUAAGGCUUUAUGGGUUAGUUUUUGUAUGUUUUGGGAAAAGCGAACAGCACUCUUGAAAAUAAUGCUUCACCAGGCAAGUCAUACCCACGCUAUGUUGAGCCAAUAAAUACCCCUACAUCAACCAGAGGGAACAGAAACGCUAUGAAACCACAGACCUUGCCCUAGUAUUCUAAACCAAAGACCAUAGGACAAAGACUCCACAGCAUUGCGUACUAUUCUUGUAGAAUAGAUAUUCCCCGUUCCCAUCUUUCGGUUAGCGCGCGAUGCAUUGUGGUAUUUGUAUGUGAUAACCAAAUGGUGAUAACAACGAACAAAUGGUCAUAAAAAUUUCUUUUACAUACAAGUUUCCUCUCACAAGACGCCAAGCAAAUAGAAUGAUGAGCCUUUUUGGUUAAACAUUUUCUCCCCUAAAUCUGAACAAAAGCAGACUAUGAACCAGAAGACGAAUAGUCAUGUCUGUGCAGUCCUUCGUGUAUCAACCAACAAACUUCUGUUGACCUAUCAGCAGGCCUUAUAACACAGCAUCGCUGUUUCCACUGAGGACAUAUUCCUUCAAACUACAGAAAUAUAUUUAUUUCCAAUUUCACAAAAAUGUAUUUUGAGUUUAGAAAUACACAUCGCAUUGUCGUGUCAAUGUGUUGCCUGUAGUGUGUGGCCCGGCCAUUUUGCUAAUUUUUCUGCAUUUGGCCCACACUAAGAAAACUUUGGACACCCUUGGAUAGAUCAUAUUAUUUGGCGCGUCUAUAAAUUAAUUCAAAAAAAACCCGGAAAUACAUUCUAAAAACAUGAAAUUUUUGAGACAUUACGUAAUGUCUGUGUAAAUGACACAAAGAACAAUCGUGGUACAAAAUCUCAUUGGGCCGUUUGGCUCAGUGGAAUGAGCGGGGGUUUUUGAAGCAUUAAACUGGAGUUCGAUUCCGACCAAGAGUGGUACCAUACAAUUGGGCAGAACCCUUGUGGAAAGAAUUUUCCUCCUGUCAGCAUUUGCCUUAUGAUUAUAUAUAUAUAUAUAUAUAUAUAUAUCUGUCUGUCACUCUUCGAUAAUCCGCAAUGGAGAAAUUCACCUUCGACUACUCAACAAAGAAUAUUCCUCUACCAUCACGCAACGACUACCUACAGCGCCUAAUCGAAAAGACCGAGCAGUUUCUUCGGAGAAUGCGUUGGAAAGCUUUCUUCUUCCUCAACCCCGAGGCGACCACUUCAACCAAGAAUACAUACGGCUUCAAAUCUACAAAGAACCCUCCCCCCAUCGAAGAACUAAAAGAAUUUGAAGACGACAUGCUACAGAUGAUCCAAUCAACGAAAUUCAAGCAACUCAACAAUCCAUUUCUGAACAAACUUAAAGACGACACCAAACGCAUCAAUGACGAAACCAAACUGAUUACCUCCGCUGACAAAACAACAAACUUCUACAAACUCGAGCCAGCAACAUACAACGACCUCCUGCACCAAAACAUCACAAAGUCUUACAAACAAGCACAACCCAGCACCACAAAGGAAAUCCAUGCAAAAAACAAAAUCAUCGCAGCAAAACUGGGUAUCGACGACAGAGUAGACUCUACAGCCAACAAAGACGCAUUCAUCACACUUAAAGAUCACAAACCAAACUUCACAAACAAACCAGCCUGCCGGCUAAUCAACCCCACCAAGUCUGAGAUAGGCAAAAUCAGCAAGACGAUACUCGAUCGAAUCAACCACAAAAUCACCAAUUCGCACAAAUUCAAUCAAUGGAAGAACACAACAUCGGUAA